AUGGUUGAGUCUUCUAGUUUCCCAUUUCUAAAGCUUCCAUUCCUAGCUAUCCAAAAUGUUGUACAUUGUAUGAGCUGCACCGAAAUAACCGAACUCUCCCUGUGCUCUCGUAGAUCAAAACGGUUAAUGCAAAGCAUUCGACACCCAGGACUCACUCGUAUUGAAAUAACUAUUGAUCGACUUCGUAUGUAUAUCGCACUUCUGAAAGGACUUGAAAUCUGUUCAAUUUGGAGCGUGACAAAAGAGUUAUUCUCGACAACAGAUUAUCGUGAAGACGUUAUUGAUAAGGUUUCCAUUCGAAUUCUACGUCUUGGAAACUCCAACUUUCAAAUCGAUGCACCAACUCAACCGGAGAAAGCAAUAAAAGCUCUUGUAGAUCACAUGAAAGACGUGUUCAAACUACCGCUUACAGUGAUGUUCGAGCCAUUUGGAUUAGAGAAUUAUCGCAGAUUUCUUCCCAUUUUUCCAGUUUGUUAUCGUUUGUAUGUGUACAGUUCUGAUAAGAUAUCAGAAGAAGAAUUGCAGUUCAUCAAAGAUAAUGUGGUUGUAGAGUGGCAGGCUGAAUUUUACAAAUCAAAGAAGUAA